AUGGACGCGCUGAGCCGGGCCGGGCCGCGGCCCCGCCGCGCCGCCGCCGCCUCCCCGCUGCCCUGGGGCCGCUUCGCCGCCUGGAUCGACUGCGUGUGUGUGGUGACCUUCGAUCUGGAGCUGGGACAGGCCAUGGAGCUGGUGUAUCCCCACGACUUCAGGCUCACCGAGAAGGAGAAAACGAGCAUCUGCUACCUGUCCUUCCCAGACUCCUACUCAGGUGGCCUCGGGGACACGCAGUUCAGCUUCCGGCUGCGCCAGGCCGGGGGUUCCCGGGAUUCCCGGGAUUCCCCGUUCCAGGAUGACGGGAGGUACAACCGGGAGGCGCCGCUGACGCUGCAGCGAGAGGCCUCUCACUAUUUCGGGUACGUGUACUUCCGGCAGGUCAAGGACAGCUCCAUGAGGAGGGGCUACUUCCAGAAGUCCCUGGUGCUCGUGUCCCGCCUUCCCUACGUGAACCUGUUCCAGCGCCUGCUGCAGCUGAUCGCCCCCGAGUACUUCGACAAGCUGGAGCCCUGCCUGGAGGCAGUGUGCAACGAGAUCGACCAGUGGCCGCCGCCGGCGCCCGGCCAGACGCUGAACCUGCCCGUGAUGGGAGUCGUCAUCCAGGUGCGGAUCCCGUCCCGGGUGGACAAGCCGGGCUCCAGCCCAGUGAAGCAGUGCAACCAGGAGAAUCUGUUACCAGCCCCGCUGGUUCUCCCCAGUGUUCAUGAGCUGGAUCUCUUCAGGUGCUUCCAGCCGGUGCUGAUCCACAUCCAGAUGCUGUGGGAGCUGAUGCUGCUGGGGGAGCCCAUGGUGGUGAUGGCACCGUCCCCAACCGUGUCCUCAGAGAUGGUCCUGGCCCUCACCAGCUGCCUGGCCCCGCUGCGGUACUGCUGCGACUUCCGGCCCUACUUCACCAUCCACGACAGCGAGUUCAAGGAGUACACCACGCGCACGCAGGCCCCGCCCAACAUCGUCGUGGGCGUCACCAACCCCUUCUUCAUCAAGACCCUGCAGCACUGGCCACACAUCCUGCGGGUGGGCGAGCCCCGCAUGUCCGGAGACCUGCCCAAGCAGGUGAAGGUGAAGAAACUGGCCAAGCUGAAAACCCUGGACACCAAACCAGGAAUCUACACUUCCUAUAAAACGUUCCUGCACAAAGACAAAACCCUGAUUAAAAGGCUGCUAAAGGGCAUCCAGCGGAAGCGCCCCUCGGAGGUGCAAAGCGCUCUGCUGAGGAGACACCUCCUGGAGCUGACCCAGAGCUUCAUCAUCCCCCUGGAGCACUACAUGGCCAGCCUGAUGCCUCUGCAGAGGGCCAUCACCCCGUGGAAGAACCCCCCCCAGAUCCGCCCCUUCUGCCAGGAGGAUUUCAUGCGGAGCCUGGAGCACGCCGGCCCCCAGCUCACCUGCGUGCUCAAGGGGGACUGGCUGGGGCUCUACAGGCGAUUCUUCAAGUCCCCCAAUUUUGACGGCUGGUUCCGGCAGCGGCACCGGGAGAUGACGCAGAAGCUGGAGGCGCUGCACCUGGAGGCCAUCUGUGAGGCGGACAUCGUGGCCUGGAUGAAGGACAAAUCCGAGGUGGAGAUCGUGGACCUGGUGCUGAAGCUUCGGGAGAAGCUGGUGCGGGCUCGCUGCCAGCCGCUGCCCGUGAAGGAGGAGACGCUGCGGCGGGUCGGUCUCUACAUCGACACCGUCAUCGGCUCGCUGCCCGAGGACCUGCAGGCCGUGCUGCACCACCCCUGAGCGCGGGCUCCUGGAGACGCUUCCCGAUCCCGCCGGCAUCCCCCCGGGAUCCCCCGGGGCUGGCGCUGCGGGAUCGUCCCCCGAGUGUCCCCCGGGGCUCCGGGCCGCGCCUCGUCCUUGUCCGUGCCGGGAUCCCGGGCGUUCCCGCACCGCAGCCCGGCCGGGAGGCUCGGGACAGCCCCCGAGGACGAGGAGGAGGUGGCAGUGAUGGUCCCUGUCCCAGGAUCGUCCCUGUCCCCGCCGCUGCCACCGGAAGGUUCCGGACAGCUCCCGAGGACGAGGAGGAGGUGGCAGUGAUGGUCCCUGUCCCCGCCGCUGCCACCGGAGGCUCGGGACAGCCACGAGGAGGAGGUGGCAGGAUCGUCCCUGUCCCAGGAUCGUCCCUGUCCCCGUCGCUGCCACCGGAGGCUCAGGACAGCCCCGAGGACGAGGAGGAGGUGGCAGUGAUGGUCCCUGUCCCCGCCGCUGCCACCGGAAGGUUCAGGACAGCCCCGAGGACGAGGAGGAGGUGGCAGUGAUGGUCCCUGUCCCCGCUGCUGCCACCGGAGGUCGGGACAGCCCCCGAGGACGAGGAGGAGGUGACAGGAUCAUCCCUGUCCCCGCCGCUGCCACCGGAGGCUCGGGACAGCCACGAGGACGAGGAGGAGGUGACAGUGAUGGUCCCUGUCCCCGCCGCUGCCACCGGAGGCUCGGGACAGCCCCGAGGACGAGGAGGAGGUGGCAGUGAUGGUCCCUGUCCCCGCACAGCCGGCGGCAGCAGGAGUUUCUGGACGCGGGUCGCUGCUCUGUUUCUCCAGGGCGGAGCCGCAGGAGGGGCUGGAGCACCCGCAGGGAUCGGAGCUCCCCGCGGUGCCUGGGAGCGGCUGCUGCGAGGAGCCGGCCCCAAAUUCCCGUUUGUUCUGCUUGAGAAGCCGGCCCGAGCUCCAGGGACUGGGAGAGCUCCUGCCGGCCCCUCCCCAAUAAA